AUGUCGACGUGGGGUGAACAUUUCCGAGUCACUACCUAUGGCGAGUCUCACUGCCGCUCCGUCGGCUGUAUCGUCGACGGUUGCCCUCCAGGCAUGCAGCUCACCGAGGACGACAUUCAACCCCAGAUGACUCGCCGCCGCCCUGGCCAGAGUGCCUUGACAACCCCGCGCAAUGAGAAGGAUCGCGUUGAGAUCCAAUCAGGUACAGAGUUUGGCGUUACUCUUGGUACCCCAAUUGGCAUGAUGGUCCGCAAUGAGGACCAGCGUCCCAAGGACUACGGUGGCAGCACUAUGGAUCUGUACCCCCGCCCCUCCCACGCCGACUUUACCUACCUCGAGAAGUACGGUGUCAAGGCCAGCAGUGGUGGUGGUCGCAGUAGUGCCCGUGAAACCAUCGGCCGUGUCGCCGCCGGUGCAAUUGCUGAGAAGUACCUCCGUCUGUCGCACAACGUCGAGAUUGUUGCCUUCGUCUCCUCCGUCGGCAACGAGCACCUCUUCCCCCCAACCCCCGAACACCCCACCGCCUCCACCGACCCCGAAUACCUUAAGCUGCUAGAGACCAUUGACCGCGAGACCGUGGACAAGUUCAUCCCCGUCCGAUGCCCUCACGAGGAAGCCGGCGCACGCAUGACAAAGGUGAUCGAGCAGUUCCGCGACAACUCCGACAGCAUUGGCGGUACCGUGACUUGCGUCAUUCGUAACGUCCCCGUCGGUCUGGGUGAGCCCUGCUUCGACAAGUUGGAGGCUAAGCUCGCACACGCUAUGCUCAGUAUCCCCGCCACCAAGGGUUUCGAGAUCGGUUCUGGAUUCGGUGGCUGUGAAGUUGCUGGAUCAAUUCACAACGACCCCUUCAUCGUUUCCAGCUCUGCUGAUGGUACCCAGCGUCUUACCACCAAGACUAACAACUCUGGCGGUAUCCAAGGUGGUAUCUCCAACGGUGCGAAUAUCUACUUCCGCGUCGCUUUCAAGCCCCCUGCGACUAUCGGCCAGGCUCAGAACACUGCUACCUACGCUUUGGAAGAGGGUAUUCUUGAGGCUAAGGGUCGUCACGACCCUUGUGUUGUGCCCCGCGCUGUUCCUAUCGUUGAGGCUAUGUCUUCCCUGGUUAUUAUGGAUGCCCUGAUGGCUCAGUACGCGCGUGAGAGUGCGAAGAACUUGCUUCCUCCUCUGCCCAACACUAUUCCCACCAAGCCGGCUACUGCCCCGAACGGUGCCCCUUCUUCCUAA